AUGGCAAAAACGACGCCAGGCGGGUCGUGCGGGCCCCAGUCGGCCGUGUUGGGCCUCCCUCCCCUCGCGUUCUACCCGGUGUGGCUGGUGAUGCUUGGUUUCCACGCGGCUUGCAUCCUGUACCUCGUCGUGACAGCAGGAACCUACUUCGCCAUGACGACAACGGAGAACGCGUCGUACGCCCCACUGUGGUCCGACACGGGCUUCAAGCACUUCAAGGCCUUCGGUGCCGUCUACCUGGCAGUCGCAGCACUGCACGUGAUCCAAACUCUGCGCAUCUUGUACCUGUCGAUCCGCAGCAAGCGCCUCGUUCUCCAAUGCUCCAAGUCGGGCGACUGCAACUCGAGCAAGUGGGUCUGGGCCUUCGACUUGGCGUUCGCAGCUCGUGAGAUGGUCGCUAUCGGGUGUCUCUCGUUCCAGGCGUUCCAGGCCAGCAAGUGGGUGCCGCGCGUGGGCUUCAAUAGCCUCAACGCGGCCAUCCUGAUCCUCGCGUGCUGGUUGACGCCGUUGACGCAGAUCCUGCUCCGCAAGUGCAUCGCGCUGAGCCGCGCGUUAUCGCUGUUCACCAGCUUCGUGCUCUGCACGUUCCUGGCCAAGGUCAUGCAGUCUCUGCUCUUCAUCCAGUACGCCGACGUCUUCACCAUGGAGAAGCCCGUCUUCGCCACCAAAAUGGUCUACGACCCGGCCUUUCUGGCAGUGCUCGCCCCGGAGAACAGGAUGAUGUUCGCCACGACCGUGGGGGACUUCAUCUCAAGGCUUCUGCCGCUGAUCUGCACCUUCGUGUCGCUCGUGAUGCUUGAAGGGGUCAUCGGACGUCGAGACGACAAGGUCGCACCGAACAACUGCGGCACAGCGAAGGUCGACCAUAACCAGAACGUCGUGGUGGAGACGUUGGAUACCCCUGACGGCGCCUCAAACACUGCUCUGUUGGAAGCUGGUACCUCCACAAAAGCCUUGGGAGAGUCCCGAACGGCAGAACACACCCAGGCAGGAACUCUGACGACCAACCCCGGAUGUGCGUGGCCGUUUGCCCUCGUCAAGCUAGGCAUCAUCCUCUGGGGCAUCCUCAUCCUGGCCUUCCACCUCAAGGCGCAGUCUCAACACAAGACCAUGCCGACGGGUUGCUUCUCGGCCACUCGGCCGUGGUUCAGCUCCAAAACUUCGUGUCUCGCGUUCGUGUUCGACUGCGCGGCGCAGAAGGCCGUCCUGAACUUUGUCAACUGCCCCGCGCUCGUGGUGCCGAGCAUCAUCCAGACGUACCCGCAGCUCCACAGUGUCCACGUCUUCAACUCGGCCCUGUACGCGUGGGGCAGCGACGCUGCGCUCGUUCAGGAAUUCCACCCACGCCUCAAGAGCAUCGUCCUCAUCAACGUGAAGCUCGCAGCCUUCCCCGAGGGCCUCAUGGGCGUGCUGCCCUAUACGUUGGUGAACCUGCAGUUCUUCAUGACGACCUUGGUGACCGUGCCGACUGACCUGGGCACCAAGUGGGGCGGAGCUACGCGCAAGCCCAUCGCGCGAGUCGGCUUCGAGUACGGCUACCUCAUGUUCGUCCCCGCCGAGACGUUCCAGCUGCCGGUGCUCUCCUUGUCGCUCGCCGGCAAUCCCAUGAUCACCUCGCUUCCAACGCUGGCAGCCGUACCCGCGAACACGUUCCUGCCGCAACUGACGCUGGACGGCGUUCCGAUCACUGAGCUUCCGGCCAACAUCGACCCGACCGUCAAGAUCGGAGACUUGAGCUUGGAACGCACCCCGGUGGCGGUGCUGCCCGACUGGACCAAAACGCAGGUCUUGACCAAGAUGCACUUGUACGGCUCGGCCUUCUGCCUCACGUCGUCGGACGCCCAAAAGGAAAAGGCCAACGGCAUCUGCUCCGUCAGUCGGUGGGGCGACGUCACACCUCAAAACCCCAUUGAUCUUCUGAACAGCGCGUACGGACUGGCAUAAGUCGCAACUAACUACAAGAGGUAGGUAGCUGAAUUCGUAAGUACAAAUAAUACACAGCGAUAGAAUUGACAUCUCGUU